UCCUUGCAGAGACGCGAAACCCUCUUCGCCUUUCCCUCCCGCCGACCUCGUGAGAUAUCAGACGGAGGCGCCGCCGCGUACAGUGACCAGCGCGAAGUAGCCGCCGGUGUUAGGGUUUCUAGGGUUCGGCCCAAGAUGGGGAAGUCGAAGAGCAAGGGCCCCAAGUUCGCUGCCGUCAAGAAGAUCAUCAGCAAGAAGACCAUAAAGAAGUACAAGGAGGAGGUGCUGAACCCUAAGAAGAACGACGCCGAGAAGGAGAAGCUCGGCCGGAAUGUGCCGCAGAUCUCAUCGGCGCUGUUCUUCAGCUAUAACACGGCGCUGGGGCCACCGUACCGGGUGAUUGUGGACACCAACUUCAUCAACUUCUCCAUCCAGAACAAGUUGGAUUUGGAGAAAGGAAUGAUGGACUGCCUCUAUGCAAAAUGUACCCCUUGUAUCACUGACUGUGUUAUGGCUGAGCUUGAAAAGUUGGGACAGAAGUAUCGUGUGGCCUUGAGAAUUGCCAAGGACCCUAGGUUCCAAAGAUUAGCAUGCACACACAAGGGAACUUAUGCCGAUGACUGCAUUGUGGAGAGGGUUACUCAGCACAAAUGCUACAUUGUUGCCACAUGUGAUAGAGAUUUGAAAAGGAGGAUAAGGAAGGUUCCUGGUGUUCCAAUCAUGUAUAUUACUCGACACAGGUACUCGAUAGAACGGCUCCCUGAAGCCACAGUUGGUGGAGCGCCAAGAAUCUGAUAAGCGGAGACAUGAGAAGUUGGUGAAUGUUUCACUGUUGCAGUUGUGCUUGUCCAUGCUGUCACAGUUACGUCCAAAGCUGCCGCUUGUACUCAGGAAGGAUACCAAUGCUUCUGUGCUGGGUUGAGCUAACUGUACCAAAUUUUGUACCACCUCAUCAUGUUACUGCUAUUAUCGAGAUGUAAUACCUUACGUUAACAAUCUUGCCCGAAUGUUUGAAUUAAUACGCUAAACGAUCGGUUACCCUCUUCAAAUUUGAAUUUCACUAUAGCUUGCUUCCCA